AUGUUGUCCAUCACUGUAGCAACGUUACUCGUUGUUAGUAAUGUUAUUCCGAGGAUACAAGCAGAGGAGCAAGAAGAACGAAAAGCGCAACACAAUGGAAUGCAGAGACCCGUCUAUAAAAGCAAUAGUGUAAUUGAAGCUCUAAAGGUACAGAAAAGAGAAACUCUCAACAUUGUGCCAGAAUCAUACUUAGAGCAGACAAAUCUUGCAGAUAAAUCACAAAGAGGUAAUAGGCUGCGACGAGACUUGCCGAAAUUUGAUAAUUUUCAGGAAGGUCUUGACAAAAAAUUCAGUUCCUUUGAUGCUCCUUCGAACAGGACUGGACAAGUAAAUUAUUUUGCUUCCCGAGUUAACCAAAAAGACAUCACUUUUUCCGAAAGUGACGGAAAAAACAUCGUAUAUGGAUCCCAAGACGUGCAAAUUGGCAAUACUUUUCCUGACAAUCCUAAUGGAACGAAUGUGUAUGGACCUAUUCUCGUACAAGAGAAUAAUACUUAUCAAGGAAAGAAUGAAAAUGCUCAAUACGGAGCUAGUAUUACGCAAAUUGGUAACAGAUAUCCUGAGCAUCCUGGGAAAAAUGAUAUCUAUACUGGUGUAGUCGUUCAGAAUGGUAAUACCUACCCAGUAAAUCCCGGAAAUAAAACCUUGUUUGCAAUUAAUAUUAAUCAAUUUAACAAUACUUAUCCGAAAUCGAUAGAAAAUAACACAGACGCAUUGAAGCCAAUCAUCUAUCAAAGCGGAAACUUUUAUCCCUCUAGCAAUGACUCAGAAGCUGGAAUGAACACCAGAAAUAAGACAGCGAGCCAAGGACGCUCUGUGGAACAGAAUACAUCCGACAGUCACGGAAAUUCAUCAUCUACCAAUUAUGAUUCUGACUCAAGCUCACAUAUAGAAAGUACGACACCACAUAAUGGGGAAAGAGAAGCCUAUGCAAACAAGCACACCGAACCUAACGGACAAAUAAGUUCGUUCGCUCGAUUUUCCGUGGAAGUAUAUCUUUUCAUCGCAUUUUUUAAAUUUACUAUAUUCGACUCUUAA